UCGGAAAUGCAAGGCAUGCUCAUCGAGGCGCUAGCUUCUUCUCGUGCGUCUUCCCUGCCUGCUUCAUCGCUGUACAAUUCGCUCGUCGCGGCUCGACCCACGCUGAAGGAAGCGCCAAGCACGAGACGCGAUGGGCCGAUGGACAAGAAGGAGUGGAUGUCGAAGAUCGAAGACGUACUUGAGGCCGGCCGUCUCUCGUGCGGAGUCUUUGAGAAGGUGGAAAGCAGAGGCAAGGACACUGCGGACCACACACUGGAAGCCCAGUGGUUUUAUGUACCUGAAAACGACGAGGACCAGGAACGAGCGAUGCUCAUCCGGAGCAUGAUGCCGCGCCCGGCGAAACGAACCGAGACGAAGAAAUCAAAGCAGUACUAUUGGCGCCCUCUGGGCAAGAUUUCACGAUGGGACCCUGAGGAUGAUCUGUAG